CUGACUUCAAGAAAAAAGCUCAAAUCUUUCCAAAUCUGAAACCCAAUUUUUCCAAAGAUGGGUUUCACAAUGGGUCUUAACUUGCUUCUGCUUAUGGCCAUGGUCGCCACCAACAUCCUCUCCCUCUACCACCUCUCCUCCACCAUCCAAUCCCCCACCCCUCCCAACACCGCCGUCCCCGACCACCUCCUCCGCCAGCUCCAAACCAUACGCGCCACCAUCAACCACCUCACGCGCCACCACCCUCCUCCCCCACGCGCCGCCGCCGCCUCCUCCGCCGACCUCCUCCUCUACUCCCGCCUCUCCCCGAUCGCCUCCUCCUGCCACAACCACCCCGACCUCCUCAACAAGUACAUGACCUACACUCCCUUCUCCCUCUGCCCCGCCGACGCCGACGACGUCGCCGAGAGCCUCAUCCUCCGCGGCUGCCACCCCCUCCCCCGCCGGAGAUGCUUCUCCAGAACGCCGCAGAAGCCCACGUCAUCGCUCUCCCACGACGCUUUCCCUCCCUCUCUCCCGGAUCAGAAUGUGAUAUGGGACAAGUACGCCUGCAAAAGCUUCAGCUGCCUCAACCGCCGUGGCCUCAGCUCCGGCUUCGACUUCAGCCACGAGCUCUCCAACUUCAUGACCUACAAGUCCGAGCUGGACCUCCCCAUCCCGCAGUUCUUCCAGAUCGCCAAGGCCGCCGGCGCCGUCCUCCGCCUCGGGCUGGACGUCGGCGGCGGCACCGGGACCUUCGCCGCCAGGAUGAAGCUCUACAAUGUGACAGUUGUCACCACCACCAUGAAUUUCGGCAGUCCGAAUAACGAGGCGGUGGCGCUGAGGGGGCUGGUGCCGCUGCACGUGCCGCUGCAGCAGCGGUUCCCCGUGUUUGACGGGGUGUUGGAUCUGGUGCGGUGCGGGCACGCGGUGAACAGGUGGAUUCCGGUGACGGCGUUGGAGUUUUUGUUGUACGAUGCGGAUAGGGUGUUGAGGGUAGGAGGGUACUUGUGGUUGGAUCAUUUCUUUAGCAAGGGGGUGGAUCUUGAGAAGGUUUUCGGGCCGUUGAUUGGGAAGUUGGGGUACCGGAGAGUGAAGUGGGCGACGGCGAGUAAGAAUGAGAAGAAUGGGGAGGUUUACUUGACUGCUCUUCUGCAAAAGCCUGUCUUGAGAUGAGCUUCAAGCUUCAGGUUUGCUGUCAAAUUUUGCUGUCGAGUCUAGUGAGGACCUCAGCAUGCAGAAUCACCUCUUAGAAGUUGG